UCACAAUUCAGAGUAUAGCAUUAUUAUUCACCAUCAGAUAAAAACUAUGGCCCUAGCGAGUACGUUAAUCUUGCUCGAUUCCUGCUUCCUCUCACCAGGUUUUAGGAAACACAACAACCAACAAGGAGAGCCUCUUUCCUUUCAAAGGCUUCAAUGUGUGGCCAGCCAACAAACCCUUUCCCUCCCUCCCUUGUCUCUAAGGAACUCUGCCAAUUACCAGCCUACCCUCUGGACUCAUGACUUCAUCCAGUCCCUCAACAAUGGUUUUAUGGACGAAAAGUACCGCCACAGAGAAAGGAAGCUGCUCGACGAUGUGAGGGGGAUGAUCGUGGAUGAAAAUGCUCAGCGAUUGGCCAAACUUGAGCUCAUUGACGACAUCCAACGCUUAGGCCUUGGUCAUCACUUUGACAACGAGAUAAAAGCCGCUCUUGAUCGUCUCAUCUCUUCGGAAAAACAAAGUCAAACAAAACAGUGCAGAAGCCUGCACGAAGCUGCGUUGACCUUCAGACUCCUCAGAGAUCAUGGCUAUCAGGUCUCCCCAGAUAUAUUUGAGAGUUUCAAGGACCAAAACGGUAAUUUUAAGGCAUGCCUCGGCAAAGAUGGGGGAGGGAUGUUGAGUCUGUACGAGGCAACGUUUCUGGGAUACGAAGGAGAAGACAUUCUGGAGGAGGCCAGGGCCUUUACUGUCAUUCAUCUCAGAGACAUGAAGGAACAUCUAAGCAAUGAUCAUCUGUUGGGACAGGCGAUCGGCCACGCGCUGGACCUUCCAGUGCAUCGCAGAACACGAAGGUUAGAAGCCAGAUGGUACAUAGAAGCGUAUGGAAAAAGAAAAGACGCCAAUAAGAUACUUCUCGAAGCUGCCAGACUGGAUUUUAACAUAGUGCAGUCAUCGUUUCAAAGGGAUCUCCAAGAAAUGUCAAGGUGGUGGAAGGCGAUAGGAGUGGCAUCAAAGUUGAGCUUCAGCAGGGACAGGCUGAUGGAGUGCUUCUUUUGGACCGUCGGGAUGGCAUCCGAACCUCAAUAUAGUGAGCUUCGCAAAGCUUUGACCAAAGUCACUUGUUUCAUUACCACAAUCGAUGACGUCUAUGAUGUUUAUGGCACUUUGGAUGAACUUGAUCUUUUUACCGCCGUUGUUGAAAGGUGGGAUAUCGAUGCAAUACAUGUUCUGCCAUGGUACAUGAAGGUGUGUUUCCUAGCCCUGUUCAACACUGUCAAUGAAAUGACGUAUGAGGCACUAAAAGAGCAUGGACAAACCAUCCUACCCUACCUCGCCAAAGCAUGGUCGGACAUGUUGAAAGCAUUCUUACAAGAAGCCAGGUGGUCUCAUGACAAACAUAUACCCUCCUUCAAUGACUACUUCAGAAACGCAUGGAUGUCAGUCUCAGGAGUAUUAAUUCUCACCCAUGCCUAUUUCUUUCUCCAUCACAAUUUCUCAAAGGAGUCACUUCAAUCCUUGGACCCCCAUCAUGACCUCUUACGCUGCCCUUCCAUUAUCUUUCGGCUGUGCAACGAUCUGGGCACAUCAAAGGCGGGGUUAGAGAGAGGUGAGGCAGCAAGUUCGAUAGUAUGUUACAUGCGUCAAAGUGGGGCCACUGAAGAGCAUGGAUACAAAUACGUGUGCAGUUUGGUGGACGAGACGUGGAAAAAGAUGAACAAACAAAAAGGAAUGGGGUCUGAAUUUUCCAAAGCUUUUGUAGAAACAGCAAUGAAUCUCGCGAGAGUUUCCCAUUUCCCAAGAACCGGAUUCGAUCAUUAGUUGUCGAACCCAUUAAGCUUCCUAAGAAUUAAUAGACCUACAAUUACUUGAUUCUCUAUAGGUUUGGGGAAUUACAUUGGCUGUGUUUUGUAUAUGCGAAAUAAACUUAAAGAUUGAAAAAAAAAAUGUUAUUGUAUAAUAAAUACUGGUAGCUAGAUA